AUGCAAAAUGUAGCAGAUGAAACGAAUAGAUACGCUCGAGCUGAAAUUCAUGCUAUGCGAGAUCAACUAAAACCGCGUUCAAUAUGGAAAAAAUGGCGUGAUGUCUCUCUGACUGAGAUGAAAUGCUAUAUUGGUGUGAUACUGAAAAUGGCUAUAACAAAUGCAGCUGAUGUGAAGGAUUAUUUUUCAACAACUUGGGACAACUACAUGCCAUUCUUCACCGACUUGUUUACUAGAGACCGCUUCUGUAUGAUACACUGGAUGCUUCACGUCCAACCACCAUCAAAUCCAGAUCCAGGUCAGCGUCAAACAAGAGGUGAAAAAGUAAAGAAUAUGGUAGCUCAUAUGAAAAGUAAGUGUGCAGAGCUCUAUAUACCCGAACAGAACAUUGCUGUGGAUGAGACUACAAUUAGUUUCAAGGGUCGCACUUCAUUCCUCAUGUAUAAUUCACAAAAGCCUACAAAAUGGGGUUUACGUGUGUAUUCAUUGGCUGACUCUAAAACUGGUUACCUUAGCCAAUUUGAACCCUAUUAUGGUUCAUGUACCAAAGAUAUCCUUCCGUACCCAGAUCUACCGGUUCCUGCAAGAGUAGUGCUACAUUUGGUCAAAGGACUAAUUCAAGAUGAUCGAUCCUCUGGAUAUCAUGUUUACACCGACAGAUAUUAUACUAGUCCAGCACUGGGUGUCGAGUUGACAAAACUUAGAGUGUCAAUUACAGGAACAGUUCAGAAGAACAGAAAGCUUUUACCCAGCGAUAUAAAAAAGAAACUGAAAUUGAAGAAGAAUGAAUCAGUUGCUUGGAAAAGUAACAAACAGUUAGCCCUUGUGUGGCAAGAUAAACGACUGAUUUUCAUGUACAGCACAUUUCACAAUGCUGUUUCUGAAGAGAAAGAGAGACGAAAGCGAGGUGGUGAAGUUGAGAAGAUAAUAAAACCUUGCGUUAUUUCUGAUUAUACAGAACAUAUGGGAGCGGUCGAUAGAUUUGAUCAUUAUGCAGUAUCAUACAACUUCUCUAGAAAAACAGUCAAGUGGUGGCGCAAAACGUUUUACUGGUUGCUUGAGGUGGCAAUUGUAAAUAGCUACAUUCUCUGGUGUCAGUGUUACCCCCAAGAUAAACUGCGUCAUCUUGCAUAUCACAGAAAACUCAUAAAUGAAUUAGUAAAAGAUCAUCGUGCAACGAAAGAGGUUGCUCGUCGAGGACGUCCUUCUGAAGAAGUCGCUACAGCAGAACGCCUGAACGGUCGCUCACAUUUCAUCUAUCCACUGGAUGAACAGAAGCUCAAAGAUUGUGUUGUAUGUACUGAUAGAAAGAGGGGAUGUCGCAAAUGUUCUCGUUUCGCCUGCAGUACAUGUACGAUGCAACCUGGAUUGUGUCCGGGAUUGUGUUUUGAAUGGUAUCAUACUAUGGAAAAAUACAAAAACUAA